UGACACUGCACAACGUACAACAGCCAAUCAGAACAACCAUUGAAUGUUGAAAGACCAGUACACCUGCAACCCAAAACAAAAGAUGGCGGCACCGGGAGCAAACGCGUCCACCAUUCCGGCAAAAGAAGACCCUACCAGAAGGCGAAUAGUUCAUGGUACAACUCCGAUCGCGAGGCCAGAGGCACUAGGUACAGGCAAUCAGAGACUGGGACCGAUCAAAGACUUGAAGAAGUACAAUGAACACGAGACUUUGUCUCAGGGCUAUCUGAACGCGUCUCUGCUGUCAGCAAACGCCUCUCAGCUUCAGAUCGUGAUCCAGUCAGGAUUUCCCGGCCCCAUGUUCUAUGUACAGUUGGUGCUGCUGCUGAUCUCCAUCGUCCUGCAAGUGGUACAUGGUAUACUGUUACUCCGCAAGUAUCAGAUUAACAUAGAGACAGCCAACGACAACGAUCCCAGUGACGACGAAAAAGACAGCCAGCGGGCCCACAGAUACAACAACUGGGCAAUGGUGGUCUCUAUCAUCAUCAUGGCGGUCAACAUACUCAUUUCCACAUUUGGGGCCUCCUUGGUCGGUGCAACCAAGGCCAAGACCGCAUGAAACAAUAUUUUCGACUUUUUUAGAUUUUGGAAACAAUCAGACGUUUCAGGUAGCAUCUACCUAUUCUCCAAGUAAAGGUUGGGUCGCGGGGUAGUCACCUCUGCCUAGCUCAAAAUGCAACAGGCCGGGAAUACCAGGAGAGGCGGCCAGUAAAACCCGGUCACUACUUCCCCAGCUACCCAACCUCUGCUUUGAGAAUAGCAACAUGAUAAUACAUGUGGCAGAUACUGUCUCCUGUUCCCAGACGACACAUCAUGACACCUCUAUGAGAACACCUUGCCCCGUUUGGUACAACAAAAGGAAUACUUAUCAAGGGAAAUCCUGUGGGUUUAAGUUCCAAUCAAAGGAAAUGUCGUUU